UUCAGUCCGCGAAGCCGUCCGCGGCCACCGGGAGGGCCCGUGCCUCUCGUCGGCCGCCGUAGUUGACUGGAAAAAAAAAAAACAGUUUCCCGGCAACGAGAAAAAACAACCGGAACCAUCGGCUCCAGCUCUGAGAGAACGAAGAGGUACAAUAGGCAGUUCCUCCCAAGGAGAUGUCGAUUCCAUUCUCCAAUACCCACUGCCGAAUUCCACAAGGAUUUGGGAAUCUUCUUGAAGGGCUCACUCGCGAGAUUCUGAGGGAGCAACCGGACAAUAUACCAGCUUUUGCAGCAGCAUAUUUUGAGAAUCUUCUAGAGAAAAGAGAGAAAACCAGCUUUGAUCCAGCAGAAUGGGGGACUAAGGUAGACGACCGCUUCUAUAACAACCAUGCAUUCAAGGAGCAAGAACCACCUGAGAAAUUUGAGCCUGAAAAAGAAAAGUCUCAGAUAUCUAUGAAAGAGGAGACAGCCUUAAAGGAAUCUUCUGAAGAAGGCAAGGACAUGGAGAAAAAUGCUGCUCUCAAAAUCCAAGCAGCCUUCCGGGGACACUUAGCCAGAGAGGAGGUGAAGAAAAUGAAAUCAAGUGAUCUUGAAGAAAACAAAACAGAGGAAAACGAGUGAGGAGAUUGGCUUUACCCCCCAGAAAACACAUAAAAAUCCAAAUCCAUCAACUUUGUUGUGAUUGUCUUUUUUUCUUAGUGAGAUUUGAUGUAGUGAAAUAACAUUUGUUGCUGUUGUGAAAAUCUGUCGUGAGCAUUUGUUUAAUAAACAUGCCAUUGAACACAUGCCUCUAGAAGA